UGAAGGAGCAAGUGCUGCAAAGAGGCAGUGGGUCAGGCGACACGUGUGGGUCAGGCAGCACCUAUAGUGGGUCAGGCAGCACCUAUAGUAAGCAGCACCUGUAGAGGGUCACCUGUAGUGCACUUGUGGGCGACAUGGCAGUCGGCAAGAACAAGCAGCUGAGCAAAGGCAUCAAGAGGGGAGCCAAGAAUAAGGUUGUGGACCCCUUCGCCAAGAAGGACUGGUACGAUGUCAAGGCUCCAACAAUGUUUAACAUUAGGACUCUGGGUAAAACUUUGGUUAGAAGAACUCAGGGAACUAAAAUUGCCUCAGAAGGCUUGAAAGGCCGUAUAUUUGAGGUGGGUCUUGCUGACUCACAGAAUGAAGAAGUGGCCUGUCGCAAAUUUAAGCUGAUCGUCGAGUAUGUUCAGGGCAAGAACUGCCUGACCAACUUUCACGGGAUGAACUUAACACGUGAUAAGAUGUGCUCGAUGGUCAGAAAAUGGCAGAACAUGAUUGAAGCUCACGUUGAUGUCAAAACCACAGAUGGGUACCUCCUGCGCCUUGUUUGUGUUGGUUUUACUAAGAAGCGUAACAACCUGAUUCGCAAAAACUCCCUUGCUCAGCAACAGCAGGUUCGUACAAUCCGCAAGAAGAUGGUGGAAAUCAUAACUCGCGAAGUUCAAACCAACAAUCUCAAGGAGAUAGUCAAUAAAUUGAUCCCAGACAGCAUUGGCAAGGAUAUUGAGAAAGCUUGCCAAUCCAUUUAUCCGCUCCAUGAUGUGUAUGUCCGGAAGGUCAAAAUGUUGAAGAAGCCCAAAUUUGAAUUGGGCAAAUUGAUGGAGCUGCAUGAAGAAGGAGGAAGCAGCACAAGCAAAACAUCAGAAGAGACUGGUGCUAUAGAUGAUCGAGCAGAUGGAUAUGAACCUCCUGUCCAAGAAAAUGUCUGAACAUGUAUAAUAAAGCAUCUCUUCUAAAAAAAA